AUGCCUAGUUAUGAAGUGUUAAGAAGCAACAGUUUAAUCAAUAAGAAUUUUAUGUAUGAUUUCUUUAAGCCACUUCUCGGAGACAACAGUCUUCUGUACAGUUCUGACGAUAAUUGGAGAAGAAGAAGAAAAUAUUUAGCUCCACAUGUACAGGUUUGGAAUGUGAAAGAUGAUAAAAACGUAUUUAUGGAGCAUUCAAACAUCUUAGUGGAAAAACUCAAACAAUUGCAGAAAAAUGAAAUAUUCGAUAUCCUGAAAUGGAUGCAAUAUUGCACUCUUGAUAUAAUUGCAGACAUAGCAGUAGGAGUUUCUCUGCAUUCUCAGACUACAAACGAUCAAGAAUAUGUCUCCGCAAUACACAGAAUACUGAAAUAUUUUCCUCAAUGGCUAUUAAAUCCAAUUUACUGGCUAUCUCCAAUUUUCUUCAUGAGUAAAAUAGGAAAAAAUUACAAGAGGGACGUUGAAAUAAUUCAUCGUUUCGACGAAGAGGUGUUCAAGAGAAAAAAAGAAAAUUUUGUGAAAAGAAUGCAGCAGCAAAACUCCUUAUACAAAGAUGCAGGACAUGAAGAAGAACCAAAGUUUAAAACAAAACAGCGUAUUAUAGAUGCAUUGUUGGAUCUUCAUGUCAAACAAGGUUUAAUAUCGGAAGAAGACGUUAUCAGAGAUAUGGAAGGCGCUAUUUUUGCGGGUUACGAUACAACCGCCCACGCCAUGUCAUGGACUCUCUAUUUCCUGGGAAGAUUCCACGAAAUACAAGAGAAAGUGUAUCUAGAAUUGCAAGAAAUUUUCGAAAAUGAUAUGAAUAGGGAUAUUACUAUCGAUGACCUGACGAAGAUGACAUACUUAGAAUGCGUAAUUAAGGAGUCGAUGAGAAUCUAUCCUCCUUUACCUUUUAUUGCAAGAAAAACUCCUUCAGAAAUGAAAAUAGGUAAUUACCUGUUGCCUGCAAAUUCUUCUCUUAUCAUAAGUAUCUAUGGCAUCCAUCAUAAUCCUACUGUUUACGAUAAUCCCGAAGUGUUCGAUCCAGACCGUUUUCUACCUGAAAACUAUAAAAAUCUUCAUCCUUAUGCAUUUCUGGCAUUUUCUGCUGGUUCACGAAAUUGUCUCGGUAAGUGA